GAAUGUUUUCAGCCUCUGUCUAUUAAGAAUGAUGUUGGGAGUUCACUUGGUUGUAGCUGGGCACCUAGGUAAGGCACCUCUUCAGUUUUUUCUGAGACACUGGCCCAGUCUCUCUGCCUCGGCCAACAUGGAUUUCAGGGAAAUUCUCCUGAUUGCGUCCAAAGGACAGGGUGUCAACAAUGUGCUUGUCCAGCGGGAGCCAAAACAACCGGAAAGGUACAGUUUGGCAGUGGGGCCUCCCAAAAAAGAUCCAAAAGUUAAGGGUGUCCGAUCAGCAGCAGUACAAGCUUUUCUCAGAAGGAAAGAAGAGGAACUCAGACGAAAAACCUUAGAGGAGAAAAGGAGAAAAGAAGAACUACUAAAAAAGCAAAUUGAGCUAAAACAUGACAAGAAAGCAAGAGCCAUGGCUAAGAGGACAAAGGAUAAUUUCCAUGGUUACAAUGGAAUUCCUGUUGAGGUAAAGUCAAAGAAGAGGCAGGCAAUGGAAAGCCACACCAGCCAGAGAACAGACCAAGAGUAUGAGAUGGAAGAAGAGGAUGAAUUCUUCUAAUACAAUCAAGCAGAGUCAGAGCAGGAGUAUGAGGAAGAGCAGGAACCUCCCAAAGUUGAAAGCAAACCAAAGGUCCCCCUUAAAAUUGCCCCACCACCUAUGAACUUCACUGAUCUACUCAGGCUGGCUGAGAAAAAGCAGUAUGAACCAGUAGAGAUCAAGGUAGUGAAGAAAACAGAAGAGCAGCCUAUGACUGCAGAAGAACUUAGGGGGCGAGAAUUCCUUGAACAAAAGCAUAGGAAAAAGAAACCAGAGACAGAUGCAAGACUACCUCCAACUGUGUCCAAAAAGGCACCCUCUGAGAAAGAAAGUGUGGGCAUGAAACUUAGCAAAGUUUCUGGGGACAAGAUUCCUUCUUCUAAGGGAAUCCCCCUUCCUCAUGCUGAGAAGAAACCCAGACCCAGCACAGCCAGUGAGAAGCACUUAGUUUUGUCCUCAUCUAAAUCCAUGUCAGGAGAGAGGACCAAGGCAGAAUCUGGCAAUUGUUCCCAACCCUCACUUCGUGAGGGGUGUGACAGACCUGUUUUCAGUGGGGCAGGAAAACUCCGUUCCAACACCUAUUCACCAAGUGUCCGAAAGACUUCUGCCAGCAGGACUCAGAAAUCUGCUACUGAGCACAAAGCAAAAAAUUCUCCUUCCCAUCGUAGUAAUUCCAGGCCUGGGCUCACGGUCACCCCAAACAACAAGGUGAAGAGUCCAGGUGUCAGGCAGCCAGGCAGCAGCUCUAGCUCAGCCCGUGGGUGACCCAGCACAGGAACUGCUCGGCCCACCAUUAGCUCUGGCUCUGUGUCCAAGCGCCAAGAUGGCAGCUCCAGCUUAGGACCUGAGCAAUCAACCAGUGGGACCAAGAGGCCAGCUGGUGACUCAAAUCCCUCUAGUCGGACAGUCAGUGGUGCAAGUGGCCCUGGACAACCUACAAGCAGCUCAGGUGGCCCUGGGCAGCCCGUCAGUGGCUCAGGUGGUUCUGGGAGACCUGUGGGCAGCUCUAGUAGCCCUGGGCGGCCUGUGAGCAGUCCACGUGACCUCCGACGACCAGCAAGUGGUUCAGGCCCCCGCCGGUCAGUCAGUGGCCCAGGGCGAUCAGGAAGUGGCUCAGUUUCAGCUGGAAGGACUAUCAGUAGACCAGUAAGCAGCUUGAGACCUGGGCAAACAGUUAAUAGCUCAGGUGCCCCCAUAAAGCCCAAGUGCACUGUUGUUUCAGAAACAGUUUCUUCCAAGAAUAUCAUUAGCCGGCCCACCAAUGGACAGAUGAAUGGAAUGAAACCUCCCCUAUCUGGCUACAGAUCUGCCCAAGGUCCUCAAAGGCUCCCCUUCUCUUCUGGUUACAAAAGGCAGCAAGAAUAUGACGAGGAAGAUGAUGAUGAUGAAUACGACUCAGAAAUGGAAGAUUUCAUUGAAGAUGAAGGAGAACCUCAGGAAGAAAUAUCCAGGCACAUUCGAGAAAUUUUUGGCUAUGACCGAAAAAAAUACAAAGAUGAAAGUGAUUAUGGCUUAUGUUACAUGGAGAGUAGUUGGAAAGAGCAGCAAAAGGAAGAAGCAAAGAGCUUAAGACUAGGUAUGCAAGAGGACUUAGAAGAAAUGAGACGUGAAGAAGAAGAAAUGAAACGUCGAAAGGCCAAGAAGCUGAGGAGGCGUUAGCUGCCGCUUGUAUCUAUUUUUGUGACAUUCUGGAGACACUCUGCUGUGGAAUUCCUGCCUUCAGACUGAGGAAGCCCCCUAUCAUUUUAAAUUUAUACUUGGGUACUCAAGGAGAAGGAAUGCAUACUGUUGUUUGCGGGCUGUCAUUUGAGCACAAAGUAUUUUUAUAAAAUAUUUUGCAGGGUGAAAUCUGUAAUGUGGAUGAUAUAAUGCCCAUUGAAUGUUCUUAUGAAGUUAGCUGUUCACAGAUGCCAGCCUUGAUCCUGUUGAGCUAUGCACUCUAACGUGUGGCUGCUCACCAGUCAGCCAAUCUUCUAUUGUUCCUUUGCUGCUUUAAAGGGAAAAGGAUUGCCGCUUGACGUGUGUAAUUCUUCUGAUGUGAGUAGGGCACUGCCCAGCUCCCAGUUAAACUUACUGUUUUUUUAUGAGGAACCUGGCCCUUCCAUGAAUGUUGCCAGCAAUAGUGACCUGUCCUGAUCUAUACGUUUGGAUUGAGAACUUGAAAAUGUAGAUUAGGCUUUAUAAUUAUCAUAUGGACGUUAUCCCUGUGACUUUGAAGUAAAAGAAUAAAUGAUAUUCUGCAUUAUUCAUGGAGA